UAACAGAGGUCACCAGAAAGUAGAAACACCUUGUCCUGUCAAAAACGUCAUCUAGCGGACGUCAAACAAUCUUUUGACGUUCAAUUUUCUUUCGGUUUGAAAACGCAAACAAGCAGCAAUGUCUGCUCACAAAACGUUUAUCAUUAAGCGAAAACUCGCCAAGAAACUCAAACAAAACAGGCCUAUUCCUCAAUGGGUGAGAAUGAGGACUGGCAACACAAUCAGAUACAACGCUAAGAGGCGUCACUGGCGUAGAACCAAGCUUAAGUUGUAAGCUGUCUUUUAUAAUUUAAUUGUAAAAAUAUAUUUGUAAAAACCUC